GCGCUGAGCGCGGCGCGCCCCCCCUUCCUGGUACGCAGGCGCGGCCCCGCCCCCGCGGUGCUCUCGCGAGGCCGGGCGGUUCCUGCGUGCCGUGCGGUGCUGCUCAUGGCGGCGCUGGAGCGGGGGCGCUGAGCUGUUGGGUAUGAAGUGGAACAGAACAGAAUUUACCACCUGAAACUGCUGCUUCAAGUUCAGAUCAGGAAAAGAAUAUACCACAUCGUAACAACAACUCAAGACCAAAGAAGAGGAAACAUACACUGAAGAUACAAGGCUUGAUCUGAAACAAGAAGUUUGUGCCUACUCAACAGCUUCAAAAGAGCACGUCCCGACGCUGCUAAUAGUCUUUGUUUUCUCCAGUGCUGUAUUGCAACUGCCCAGGGCAGCAGCGCUUGUGUUCUCUAUUAGCUUGAUAGAUCACGUUCUCUUGCUAUCUUUUUUCUUCCUCUCUUCUUUCUCUCCUUUUUUUUUUAAUAAUAGCAGUCUUCAUCCUUAGAAACUUGUACUGAAACAGAAGAAUCGGCGAAUACUACUGAAAGUGCAAUAUUUGAAUAUCACUGCGAGAUGAGCUUUGAUCCAAACCUGCUCCACAACAAUGGACACAACGGGUACCCCAAUGGUACUUCGGCAGCGCUGCGUGAGACUGGGGUUAUAGAAAAACUGCUGACCUCCUAUGGAUUCAUUCAGUGUUCGGAACGGCAAGCUAGACUGUUCUUCCACUGUUCACAGUACAAUGGCAACCUACAGGAGCUCAAAGUAGGAGACGAUGUUGAGUUUGAAGUAUCUUCUGAUCGCCGAACUGGAAAACCCAUUGCUAUUAAAUUGGUGAAGAUAAAACCAGAAAUAUUACCUGAAGAACGAAUAAAUGGACAAGUUGUGUGCGCUGUUCCUCACAAUUUAGAGAGUAAAUCUCCAGCUGCCCCGGGUCAGAGUCCAACAGGGAGUGUAUGCUACGAACGUAAUGGGGAAGUAUUUUACCUGACUUACACCCCGGAGGAUGUUGAAGGAAAUGUACAGCUGGAAACAGGAGAUAAAAUAAACUUUGUAAUUGAUACAAAUAAACAUACUGGUGCUGUAAGUGCUCGUAACAUUAUGCUAUUAAAAAAGAAACAAGCCCGCUGUCAAGGAGUUGUCUGUGCCAUGAAAGAAGCCUUCGGAUUUAUUGAAAGAGGUGAUGUCGUGAAGGAGAUAUUCUUUCACUAUAGUGAAUUUAAAGGUGACCUAGAAGCCUUACAGCCUGGUGAUGAUGUGGAGUUUACAAUCAAAGACAGAAACGGUAAAGAAGUUGCGACAGACGUUAGACUGCUGCCUCAAGGAACUGUCAUUUUUGAAGAUAUCAGCAUUGAACAUUUUGAAGGAACUGUAACCAAAGUAAUUCCAAAAGUACCCAGCAAAAACCAGAGUGACCCAUUACCUGGCCGCGUCAAAGUUGACUUUGUGAUUCCUAAAGAACUUCCAUUUGGAGACAAAGAUACAAAAUCCAAGGUGACGUUGCUGGAAAGCGACCACGUUCGAUUCAAUAUUUCGACAGACAGGCGUGACAAACUGGAACGAGCCACCAAUAUUGAGGUUCUCCCCAAUACCUUCCAGUUUACUAAUGAAACUAGGGAAAUGGGUGUGAUUGCAGCGAUGAGAGAUGGCUUUGGCUUCAUUAAAUGUGUGGACCGGGAUGCUCGCAUGUUCUUUCACUUCAGUGAAAUUAUGGAUGGAAAUCAACUCCACAUUUCUGACGAAGUAGAGUUUACUGUCGUUCCUGAUAUGUUGUCUGCCCAAAGAAAUCAUGCUAUAAGGAUUAAAAAGCUUCCAAAGGGCACGGUUUCUUUCCACACCCAAUCGGAUCACCGCUUUGUGGGCACUAUAGACAAAGAAGCCACUCCAGCCAAGGCCACUAGCCCAAAUAAAGGCAAAGAGAAGGAAGCUGAGGAUGGAAUAAUUGUUUAUGAUGACUGUGGAGUAAAACUGACCAUUCCUUACCAGGCCAAGGAUGUGGAAGGAUCGACUAAUCCCCAGAUAGGAGAUAAGGUUGAGUUCAGUGUGUGUGAAGUGAAGAGAACUGGUCUGCAAACAGCUGUUUCCGUCAGGAUGCUCGGACGCAAUUACAGCUCUAAGAGGCUUUUGGGAUAUGUGGCAGCCCUGAAAGAUAACUUUGGAUUUAUUGAAACAGCCAAUCAUGAUAAAGAGAUCUUUUUCCACUACAGUGAAUACUGUGGUGAUAUUGAUAGCCUGGAACUUGGAGACACUGUUGAGUACAGCUUGUCAAAAGGCAAAGGAAACAAAGUUAGUGCAGAAAAGGUGAACAAAACACAUGCAGUGAAUGGUAUCACCGAAGAAGCUGAUCCAACUGUUUACUCUGGUAAAGUAAUUCGUCCUUUGAGAAGUGUAGAUCCCACACAAACUGAAUACCAGGGCAUGAUUGAAGUCAUGGAGGAUGGUGAGAUGAAAGGAGAGGUCUAUCCGUUUGGAAUUGUUGGAAUGGCAAACAAAGGUGACUGUCUGCAAAAGGGAGAGACGGUGAAGUUUCAGCUCUGUGUUCUUGGUCAGAAUGGGCAGACAAUGGCUGUUAACAUCACACCGUUCCGCAGAGCCACAGUGGAGUGCGUGAAAGAUCAGUUUGGUUUCAUUAACUACGAAGUGGGUGACAGCAAAAAGCUCUUCUUCCACGUCAAAGAAGUUCAGGAUGGUGUGGAGCUGCAGGCUGGGGAUGAAGUGGAGUUUUCGGUAAUCCUGAACCAGCGCACAGGAAAAUGCAGUGCCUGUAACGUGUGGCGUGUCUGUGAAGGCGCUAAAGCUGUUGCUGCUCCGCGUCCUGAUAGACUUGUUAAUCGUUUAAAGAGCAUUAAUCUGGACGAUGCCAACGCUCCUCGUCUAACAGUUCUUCGUCAGCCUCGGGGACCGGAUAACUCCAAGGGGUUUGGUGCGGAGAGGAAGAUCCGUCAAGCUGGUGUUAUAGACUGACCCAGAGAACCAUGCCUGGUGUACGACUGUGUGGCGGGCUGGUGAAGGGUACUGAAUAUCUCCCUGUUCAUCCCUUCCUCCAAAUUCUCAGAAGCUAUUACACCGGUUUUAACACCUUCUCAUGUUAUGUUUAAAAUAAAUUUAUGAAACCAUUUUAAAAAUUA